AUGGAGUUGAUUGAGAUGGUUGCCAAUAACCAAUAUUUGUACUCUUUUGAGAGGACCAUAGUGAAGAAGGGAGUUACGGUGUUGGAUACCUUGGAUGUUAUUCUUACCCAGAACAAGGCCAUGUGUCAGCAAAUUAAUGCUAUUACACAACGUUUGAGUGGAAUGCAAGUCUCAGCCUUUAAUGCUCAAGAUACUUCCUAUGAUAUGAGUGAUGGCUUCCCUCAAGGCUUCUCAGCACAACAAGCACCCUCUCAACCUCAAAAUACUCUUAACUUGGCUUCUAUAGUUGCAGAACUCUCCAAGAAUACUUAUAGUUUUAUGCAGAAAACUAGAGCCUCACUCAGAAACUUGGAGAUACAAGUGGGUCAAUUGAGCAAACAAGUACUUGAGAGGUCUUCUAACACUCUUCCUAGUGACACAUUCAUGAAGGAUUUACUCUCCAAGAAGAAGACUUUAAGGGGAGAUGAAACUGUAGUCCUGACCAAGAAAUGCAAUGCCAUAAUUCAGAGCAAACUGCCAAAGAAGAUGCCAGAUCCAAGGAGCUUUCAGAUUCCAUGCACUAUUGGAAGCACAAUCUUUGACAAAGCCCUAUGUGAUCUUGGUGCAAGUAUCAAUUUAAUGCUCUUAUCUGUGAUGAAGAAGCUGCAAAUUCAAGAGGUACAACCAACAAGAAUAGCAUUACAAAUGGCAGACAAGUCUUUGAAACAUGCACAUGGAAUGGUGGAGAAUGUCUUGGUCAAGGUGGGGGAAUUCUUCUUCCCAGUAGAUUUCGUGAUCCUUGAGAUGGGAGAGGAUGAAAAUGUCUCUAUCAUCUUAGGAAGACCAUUCCUAGCCACUGGAAGAGCUCUGAUCGAUGUGGAAAAGGGUGAAUUUGUUUUGAGGGUGCAUGAGGAGCUUUUGAUCUUCAAGGUUUUUGGAUCCAUGCAACACUCAAGUGAAAGAAACAAUUGGAUGAAGAAGGAUUCCACUAACCCAAAUCUCAAAGGAUCCAUGAAUGAAGUGAAGUAG